AUGCCCGGUCCGACCUCGCUCGUCAAGAAUAUCAUGUCCAAACCAAAGGGUAAGGUGGUCGAAGGUGUCUUUGCGAUAAACAAGCCCGCUGCCAUCUCCUCCGCCCAGACAAUCCGCAACCUGCAGCAUCGUUUUAACCCUUCCGCCCUCUUUGCCCCUUGGCUUGCUGCUGAGCGCUCCAAUCGCGAAAUCGAGGAGCGCACUCACCGCAAUCGCCGGAAGGAUAAACGAGUUCAAGUCAAGAUUGGCCAUGGCGGCACUCUCGACCCUAUGGCCACCGGCGUGCUCAUCAUGGGUGUAGGUAAGGGUACGAAGCGGCUACAAGGAUUCCUCGAAUGUACCAAGACUUAUGAGGCUACGAUACUCUUUGGGGCGGCUACAGACACAUACGAUACCCUAGGUAAGGUUCUUCGGAGGGCAGAGUAUGGCCACGUAAGCAGAGAAAAUGUGGAGAAGGCGUUGGGCAAGUUCAGGGGAAAGAUCAUGCAGAGACCGCCCAUUUAUUCGGCGUUGAGAGUGCAAGGGAAGAGACUCUAUGAGUAUGCCAGAGAAGGCAAAGAGGUUCCGAAAGAAAUCGAAGGGCGGCCGGUAGAAGUGAAGGAACUCGAGAUCGUGAACUGGAUGGAGGGAGGGAGCCACAACCACGGUCUUCCCAAAGAAGACGCGGAGGAUGAGGCAAAGGAUCUUGCCGAGAAGGUAUUGCAUCUCGGAGAGGCUGUUGCGACGUCUGAAAACGCUAGUGAAGUUCAGUUCAUGAACGGAACUGCAGGCACAGGGACCAAGAGGAAGCGUUCACUGGAUGACGGUGAUAGCGUGGUACCCAAUAAAAACCCGGAGCUAGGACCUGAAGGGGAGUCUCAAUGGCUCAUGUCAGGAGGCCUCCAAAACCCUGACCAUAGCACAAAGCAGAUCGAUACUCAUGCACAACAGAGCUCGCCACCACCAAUAGAAGGCCCACCAGCAGUCAAAUUGCGCAUGACAGUGACAUCGGGGUUUUACGUUCGUUCACUCAGUCAUGACCUCGGUGAAGUGGUGGGCUCACUAGCUUGCAUGUGCGAACUAGUGCGUACCAGGCAGGGCGACUUCGAGCUAGGCAAGAACGUGCUAGAAUAUGAAGACUUGGAGAAGGGAGAAGACGUGUGGGGACCAAAGGUAGAGCAGCUGCUUUCGGAUUGGGAGAGUAGCAAUGAAGACAUGAAUGGUGGGGCAGACAGAAGCGACGGGGGAAGAAAGAGACGAAGAAGAAAUAGUAGUAGUGAUGCAUAA